CGGGGCCCGGCCCGGCCGCGGGAGGCUGCGCGGAACCCCCGGCGCCGCCUCCGCGCCCUCGGAGCCUGCCCGGGCCCGGCCCCGCCGCCGUCCGGGAGGAGAGGCGCCGCGCCAUGGCCCUGUGCGGCUGGAACGCGCUCCUGGGCGCCGCCCGGGGCAGGGGCUCCUGGCUGCUGGCACACUCCACUCCCCAGCACUCUCCAGCAGCUGCUUUUCUCCAGCUCGUGGAUUCCCAUUUAAACUCCACUCACGUGGGAGCCUCUCCAGAGCAUCCCCUGCUGCGCCACGUGCCCUCUGGCACCUUCCUACUUCCCUCACCAGCACCCUCAGGCCUCCUUCUGCCUCCCUCACCAGCUCAGGCUCUGAGAACAUUUCACACAUGCUCCUGCUUGUGGCAGGAGCACGGGGGCAAACCCCCUCCCCACGGAAGCGCUGCCAGGCAGGGCCUCAAGGCUGCGGAUCGAGCGGUGGAGGCUCCCCUGGGCAAAAGAUCUUUGAGCCAGAAGGUGGUGGAUGAGCUGAAACACUAUUACAAGGGAUUCCACUUGCUUUGGAUUGACACGAAGGUGGCUGCCAGGAUGGUGUGGAGGCUGCUACAUGGUCAGGUUCUCACGAGGAGAGAGAGGCGAAGGUUGCUGAGGACGUGUGCAGAUCUCUUCCGGCUGGUUCCCUUCCUGGUGUUUGUCAUCGUCCCCUUCAUGGAAUUCCUGUUACCUGUAUUCUUGAAACUCUUCCCUGAAAUGCUGCCCUCGACGUUCGAGACGGAGUCAAAAAAGGAAGAGAAGCAGAAGAAGAAGUUAAAUGCAAAGUUGGAGUUAGCAAAGUUCCUGCAGGAGACCAUUGCAGAGAUGGCCAAGAGAAACAAAGCAGAUACAGGACAAGGAAAACAAUUCUCUUCUUACGUGCACCAGAUCCGCCACACGGGCCAUCAGCCCAGCACCCAGGACAUCCUUCGCUUCUCCAAGCUGUUUGAGGACGAGCUGACCCUGGAACACUUGGAGCGGCCGCACUUGGUGGCUCUUUGCAAACUGCUGGAGCUGCAGCCCAUUGGCACCAACAACCUGCUCCGCUUUCAGCUGCUGCUGAGGCUCAGGACUAUCAAGGCAGAUGAUGAAAUGAUUGCCAAGGAAGGAGUCAAUGGCCUGAGUGUGUCUGAGCUGCAGAGCGCGUGCAGGGCCAGGGGAAUGCGGUCACUGGGUCUCUCAGAGGAGCAGCUGAAGGAGCAGCUCAGGCAGUGGCUGGAUCUGCACUUAAAAGAGAACGUUCCACCCUCUCUGCUCCUGCUUUCCCGUGCCUUGUACUUAAUAGAUGUAAAGCCACAGUCUCUUUCAGUUCCACAAAACAAGAUAGGAGAAACUGCUGAAACGAUGACAUCUCUCCUUGAAGGUCAAGAGAGCCUUGUGGAUCCUGCCCCUGUUGUCCAGGGAAGGAAGAGUGAAGAAUUAGUGUCCCAGCCACCAGUCUCUGAAGUAUCAGUCAAGCCUCCCCUGCAAGAGGCUAAAGUGGGAGCUCCCCAGAGCAGCACAGCGGGUGCCAACGGAGCCUGAGGUGGAGCCAGCGAGGACUGUCUGACAUGGGAGGGAAGAGCUGUCAUCCCUGUGCCUCCUCAGGAGGGAUUUUCCAGGAGGCUGCUUUACAGAUAAAAGUGUCAGUAGCUCUCAGGGGCCUCUGUCCAUUCCAGGCUUAGCAGCAGCUGGGCUGUGGGGAUGGCACCAGCCUCUCCUUUGUGCUGCAUCCCCCGGCCCCACUGCUUCAACUUCUGCUGUAAAUAUGUUAAGAGGAUGCUGUGUCCUUGCUGCUGCUGCUGAGGUGUUUGUGCUCUUCAGGAAAAGCAGCUUCUCACUGUCCUAAAGGCCUGAGUGCAACAUGAGCUGGGCUGCAAGUCCAGGCUUCUUUCUGCAGUGCCCAGUGCCAGGACAAGGGGUAACAGGCACAGGCUGGAACACAAGAAACUUCACUGGAAUGGGAGGAGCAAGUCCUUUGGUGCUGAGGGGAGGGAGCCCUGGCCCAGGCUGUCCAGGGAGAGUGUGGAGGCUCCUCAGGAGGUUUCCAGACCCAUCUGGACACGUUCCUGUGCCCCCUGGUUGAGGCUCAGAAUUGCUCCUCAGCAAGUGCUCCCUGACUGUGCUUCUCAGAGUGAGCUCCCACACUCCAGCCUGCUCUGGGCUUUGCUGGGCUCUGGGGGCACUCCUGGAAAGCUGGUUUUAAUGUUUGUAACUUUUUUACUUCAUCCUGUGUAGAUGCUCAGCAGCUACUCCCAUCAUGGAUGAUAAGUACAUGUAUUUAUACUCACUGUAAAACUGAGGUUAGACUUGGUGCUGAGUAGAAUGAAAUGUCUUCUCUAGAGGUCAGGCAGCCUUUAGAACAAUCCUACUGGAAAACAAGCCAGAUCCCAGCCCUUCAAAUGACUGCAGGCCCUCAGGAGCAGCUCAAGGAGACUGUGAGGCCGUGUCCUUAGCUCUGCCCUGAGCCUCUGCCUGCCACUGUGCAGUGCUGCACGGGGCUGGGGCUGAGCACAUGAGAACAAAUGCUCCAAUAAAAUAACCUUGUUGCUGAA